AUGACAGCCAUGCAUUACAGACCAGUUGGUCCUUUGAUGGACAUCAGGCUCAAGUCAGGAGAGCUGGAGGAGAUCCAUCUUCCACAUUUCUUGUGUUUGGGGGAUUGUGAAGCAUCUCUGCAUGAUGCUGUGAGGGUCCUGCAUGGUCAGGACAGUGGAGUGUGUCUGGAGGUGUGUGAGCUGACCCGAUGCCAUGCCAAACUUACCCAUCCCUCCUUGUCUCCUCUGGGCUUGCUUCUGCAGACUGGCAUUCCCAUUAGAGUCCACAGUGAGCUGUUGCUGUACAAGACUUGCACCUCUCCCCUCACUCUCCAUGCUUACCUGGUUCCCAGAGAGCGGGCAGCGCUGCGAGCAGUGGAGGACCAGGAGAGGGGCAGUGGGGUGAAGAUCUCCAAGCCCAAGCCAGAGAGAUCCCUCUGGAUGAAGAGCUGGUUCAGUAUGAGGACCUCUUGCCCAUCCACCAUCACCCCUGUGCAGAUCAAGCUGAGGUACUGCAGCUUCAGUCCAAACUUCUUUGAGGUGUACUUCAAGCAGGCAGAGGAGACCUUUGAGAUGGAGUUAGUCUGUGUGGCCACCAACAAGUCUGUUUGGAGAGCUGAGGUACGGAGAAAUGAUUACAGGCAGACCAGGCAGGAGGACAAUGAUCAGUGCCAAACCAGUGGUAACCACAGGGACACCUCUGAAGAAGAGAAAAGUGAUCUUUGCACCGGGGGCAGUAUGCACAUCACAGAGAUAAAGAGAGAUGAUAACGGGAACAUUUCAGAGGCAGCAGCGUUUGUGGACAGGCACAGAGCAGAGCUCAUUGGCAGGGUGUAUAAUGUGAUGCCCAUCGCAGAUGCGCUGCUCUCCAAGGGACUGGUCCACCCUCAGAAGUAUUCAGAGAUCAGAGCAGCUUCCACCAGUGAGGCAGUGAUGCGAGAGAUUUAUGAGUGUCUGCGCUCAGCUGGAGCUGAGGGGAAAGCAGCAUUCUAUGGAGUUCUACUGCAGGAGGAGCCCCACUUGCUCAAAGACUUGAGUACACAUGGCAUAGGUGUUGGGGGGCAAUGCCUAGCUUUGGAUGUUAAAUGCUGAAAGAACUGAAUACACCUACAUA